AUGACCGUCCCUUCACAAGACGAGGGCCUGACCCCGGAGCAGCUCGCCCGCUUCCACCGCAACGGCUACCUCAUCAUCCCCGGCGCCCUCUCCCCCGAGACCGUCUCGGGCCUGCUCUCCGAGACCCACUCGCUGCUGGACAACUUCUCACUCUCGGACCACCCCAUGACGCGCUUCUCCACCGGCGACAAGGCCGAACACGUCGGCGACGACUAUUUCCUCUCCUCGGGCGAUAAGGUCCGAUUCUUCUUCGAAGAGGACGCCUUUGACGACGCGGGCAACCUUGUGAAACCCAAGGCGCGCGCCAUCAACAAGAUCGGUCACUACCUGCACAUCCUCUCGCCGCCCUUCGCCGCCAUCUCGGACCCGAACCCAGGCCGGCUCGGCCCCGUCAAGGGCAAACCGUCCGCCGUGGCCCGCAGCCUGGGCUUCCGUGACCCGCGGUGCCUGCAGAGCAUGGUCAUCUGCAAGCAGCCCGAGAUUGGCGGCGCCGUGCCCCCGCACCAGGACUCGACGUUCCUGUACACGGACCCGCCGUCGGCCGUGGGGUUCUGGUACGCCCUCGAGGACGCGACGCUCGAGAACGGGUGCCUGAGCUUCCUGCCGGGCUCGCACCGCUGGGCGCCCGUGACGCAACGCCUGGUGCGCAAGCCGGGCAACGCCGGGACGGAGAUGGUGGACAACGACGGCCCGCGGUUCCCCCCCGGCGAGCAGUACGGCGCCGAGGACAAGGGAGGCGAGUACGUGCCCGGCGAGGUCAAGGCCGGCGACCUGGUGCUGAUCCACGGCAACUUGCUGCACAAGAGCGAGAAGAACCUGAGCCAGAAGGGACGCAUCAUUUACACGUUUCACGUCAUCGAGGGCGAGGGCACAAAGUACGAUGAAAGGAACUGGUUGCAGCCGCCCGAGGCUGGUUUCACCCGGUUAUAUGCUUCAUAA